AUGAAUAUUUUGAAGAAAACCAUAAAUGCUCCUGUUACUUUUCAAUGGACAGAUCCUGAUGUAUGUAAAUGGAAACACGUUAAUUGUGAUUCAAGAAAACAUGUCAUUGCAAUUCAAAUAGGGAACCAAAAUCUUCAAGGCUUUCUCCCGAAGGAACUUGUGAUGUUAACAACAUUACAAAAGUUCGAGUGUCAAAGAAACGGCCUCACCGGUCCAUUCCCUUACCUCUCAAAAUCACUACAGAGGCUUCUAAUCCACGACAACAAAUUUAGCUCUCUUCCUAACAAUUUCUUCACGGGAAUGAGCAAUUUGCAAGAAGUAGAAAUCGACAACAACCCUUUGCCUCCAUGGCAAAUUUCUAAUUCUCUUAAAGACUGUGUUGCACUCCAAACUUUCAGUGCUGAAAGUGUUAGCAUUGUUGGGACUAUUCCAGAUUUUUUUGGCAGAGAUGGUCCCUUCCCUGGAUUAGUUUUUUUGGCACUGUCUGGUAAUUCAUUAGAAGGUGUUUUGCCUGCAAGUCUUUCUGGAAGUUCAAUAGAGAACCUUUUGGUCAAUGGACAAAAUAGCAACAAUAAACUCAAUGGUACCCUUAUUGUGUUACAAAACAUGACAUCUUUGAAACAAAUAUGGGUUAACGAUAAUUCAUUUACAGGUCCUAUACCCGAUUUAUCACAGCUUAACCAACUAUCUGAUGUGAAUUUAAGGGAUAACCAGUUGACUGGUGUUGUUCCACCUUCUUUAAUGAACCUACCAAGCCUGCAAGUGGUAAAUUUAACAAACAAUCGUCUCCAAGGUCCACCUCCCAAGUUUAGAGACGGUGUUGGAGUGGAUAAUAUUAUCGGUGGGGGUAGAAAUGAAUUUUGCACAAAUGUUCCAGGGCAACCAUGUAGUCCUCUUGUGAAUAUUUUGCUAUCAGUUGUUGAACCUUUGGGUUAUCCUCUUAAGUUUGCUGAAAGUUGGCAGGGUAAUGAUCCUUGUGCCAAUAAAUGGAUAGGUAUAGUUUGUUCUGGUGGAAAUAUUUCAAUUAUCAAUUUUCAGAACAUGGGACUAAGUGGAACUAUUUCUCCAAAUUUCGCUAGUCUUUCUUCUUUAACAAAGCUACUUAUUGCAAACAAUGAUAUUACAGGUGCCAUACCUAAUCAACUUACUAGUAUGCCUCUUCUACAAGAAUUAGAUGUUUCUAAUAAUAAUUUGUAUGGUCGCGUGCCAUCGUUUCCAAAAGGUGUGGUUCUUAAAAUUGGUGGGAAUCCUGAUAUUGGGAAGGAUAAACCCAUCACUCCAUCUGCAAGUAGCCAUGGGUUUGGAAAAGACAACGACAAAGACGAAGACAAAAACAAAAACAGUGUUGACGGCGUCAAUGUUGGAAUUGUGUUAGGGGUUGUCUUUGUACUUGGAAUUGGGGUGAUAAUAUUAUUUAUGUUUUGGAAAAGGUCAAGGAAUCAUACGAAGAAAGGUAAAAAACCUGAUGCAAUAACAAUACAUUCUAGUUAUAAAGGUGGUGAAAAUGUUGUGAAGGCGAGUGUUGUUGUUAGUGGUGGAGGAAAUGAUGCCUUAAGUCCCACUUGUAAUGCUUACGAAGUUAGCAACAUGGUGAUUUCGAUUCAAGUUUUGAGACAAGUUACAAAUAACUUUAGUGAGGAAAAGAUAGUCGGGAAAGGUGGUUUUGGUAUUGUGUACAAAGGGGAGUUGCACGAUGGCACACAAAUUGCAGUGAAAAGGAUGCAAUUAGGAAUGAUGGGCGAAGGAUCAAAUGAAUUCACGUCUGAGAUUGAAGUGCUUACAAAGGUUCGACACAAACAUUUGGUUUCACUCUUAGGGUAUUGUUUGGAUGAGAAUGAGAAACUUUUGGUUUAUGAGUACAUGACUAGAGGUGCUUUAAGCAAACACUUGUUUGAUUGGAAAGAGGAAGGGAUAAAACCGUUAGAAUGGAAGACACGACUUAGUAUUGCUUUAGAUGUUGCUAGAGGUAUUGAAUAUCUUCAUGGGUUAACCCAACAAAUUUUUAUCCACAGGGAUAUCAAACCAUCUAACAUUUUGCUUGGAGAAGACAUGCGAGCAAAAGUAUCUGACUUUGGAUUGGUUCGGCUUGCUCCUGAAGGAAAAGCUUCAUUUCAAACCAGACUUGCCGGAACUUUUGGAUAUAUGGCACCAGAGUAUGCAUCAACGGGAAGACUAACAACCAAGGCCGAUGUAUAUAGUUUUGGUGUGGUUCUUAUGGAGAUCAUAACAGGAAGGAAAGCACUUGAUGGUAGCCAACCAGAAGAGAAUAUCCACCUUGUUACAUGGUUUUGUAGGAUGUUACUAAAUAAGGAUUCAUUUCAAUCAAUGAUUGAUAGGACAAUUGAGGUUGAUGAAGAAACAUAUGCAAGCAUAAACACAGUUGCUGAGUUGGCCGGACAUUGUAGUGCAAGGGAGCCUUAUCAGCGUCCUGACAUGAGUCAUGUUGUGAACGUGUUAUCAUCCCUUGUUGAAGUGUGGAAGCCUACAAAACAGGAUGUUGAUGACAUAUACGGGAUUAACUUUGAUAUGACAUUGCCGGAAGCUCUUAAAAGAUGGCAGGCUUUUGAAGGAAGUAGCACCCUCGAUUUAACCCUUUCUCCUUCGACAAUGAAUACGAGUGGAGGCAGCACACAGACUUAUCAAUCUUCAAACGCGUCUUCACAUGCACAAAUGUAA